AUGGCUCCUAACCACAUUGACGCCCAGGCUUCGACCAACUACAAGGAGGCUUUCGCCCUGUUCGACAAGCGUGGCAAUGGCCGUGUCGCCCUCGAAAGCCUCGGUGACCUGCUCCGCGCCUGCGGCCAGAACCCCACCCUCACCGAGAUCCAGGACCUCGAGAAGAAUGUCGGAGGUGACUUCGAUUUCGAGACCUUCCAGCGCAUCCUGAACCGCCCCGGCGGCUUCCGCGAUGCCGGCGAGCCCGAGGAAUACUGCCGAGGCUUCCAAGUGUUCGACAAGGACAUGACGGGUUUCAUCGGCGUCGGCCAGAUCAAGUACAUCUUGACCAACCUGGGCGAGAAGAUGACCGAGGAGGAGGUGGACGAGCUCCUCAAGGCCGUGGACACCAGCUCCGGCCAGGUCAACUACACUGACCUCGUGCGAACCAUCCUCGCCAACUAA